GCAAUGGGAGCAGGGAGUGUUGGAGAGGCUGUCUAAAGUCCAUUCCUGCGAGACGUUUUGGAGUUUGAUGAUCUGAUCCUUAACCCCAUUGAUGUCAAUAGCAAAACUCUUAUUGACUUUAACGGUGCAGAUUCAGACCCUGAAUGAAAUGACAGGAACAAAAGAAGAAGAUUUGUAUCAAUGGCGCCUACACAGCAGCCACUGAUCAGCUCGCAAAGCGAGCUUAACUCUUUCCUGUGGACUAUAAAGAGAGACCCCCCAUCUUACUUUUUUGGCACCAUCCAUGUCCCGUACACCCGGGUCUGGGAUUUCAUCCCCGAGAACUCCAAGAAGGCCUUCCAGCACAGCCACAUUGUUUACUUUGAACUGGACCUCACGGACCCCUACACCAUCUCUGCACUCACCAGCUGCCAGCUGCUGCCGCAGGGCGAGAACCUCCAGGACGUGCUCCCCCGGGACAUCUACCGCCGGCUCAAGCGCCACCUGGAGUAUGUCAAGCUCAUGAUGCCUUCGUGGAUGACUCCGGACCAGCGGGGCAAAGGGCUCUAUGCUGACUAUCUCUUCAAUGCCAUUGCUGGGAACUGGGAGCGGAAGAGACCUGUCUGGGUGAUGCUGAUGGUGAAUUCUCUGACUGAGGUGGACAUUAAGUCACGUGGCGUCCCUGUCCUGGAUCUCUACCUGGCCCAGGAAGCCGAGCGCCUGAGGAAGCAGACCGGGGCUGUGGAGAAAGUGGAGGAACAAUGCCAUCCACUGAAUGGGCUGAAUUUUUCCCAGGUGAUCUUUGCUUUGAAUCAGACUCUCUUGCAGCAGGAGAGUCUCCGCGCAGGCAGUCUCCAGACCCCCUAUACGACAGAGGACCUUAUCGAGCAUUACAACUGUGGGGACCUCAACUCCAUCAUCUUCAGCCAUGACACUUCUCAAGUCCCAAAUUUCAUUAACGCCACCCUGCCACCCAAGGAGCGCGUUACCGCCCAAGAGAUAGACAGCUAUUUCCGCCAGGAGCUCGUCUACAAGCGCAAUGAGAGGAUGGGAAAGCGAGUGAAGGACCUGCUGGAGGAGAACCCCGACAAGAGUUUCUUCUUUGCAUUUGGAGCCGGUCAUUUCAUGGGCAACAACACGGUGAUUGAUGUUUUGGGAAGAGAAGGGUAUGAGGUAGAACACACUCCUGCUGGACAACCCAUCAACAAUGGGAAGAAUCAAAAAACCUGGUUAACCUUCUCAUCAUCCUCCCCGGCGUACACCCCCUAUCUGAUCGCCCAGGAGCUGCACCGCCCUCCGCCUCCUCAGAAAGAGGGAGAGGAGCUUCUGCCCCACCUGCUGCUGCCCGAGAGUGUCGACCUGCUGGAGAAAGUGGACAGGAAAUACAAGAAGAAGAAGAAGAAGCAACAGAAGAAGCAAAGGCUGCGGCAGUUUAACGACCUCUGGGUUCGCAUUGAAGACAGUACCACUGACCCACCUCCCCGGAUUCGCAUCAUUAACGGCUACAUUACAGUAGAACCUCAGCCACGGGGACACGGGCGAUCCAGUCACCUCCACACAGAAACCAGCAGGGCCCACAUGCCUGUUCACUCUCUGCUCAUCUUGCUAUUGACACGGGCGUUGCAGACAUUAACAAUGCUGCAGUGAGACUUGGGGUGAAACUGCAGGGUCUUUGGCUAAAAAACUUGUGGGGGGAAACAUAGAAGACCAGAAUCUCCAGGUGGGAUGCCUGUUCUUUGGAAUAUCUUUAGACUCCUCCUUUUCCUGAAUCUGGACCACUAACACUAUUAACUGGCUUGACAGGAGAAGAUAUUUUUAAUGAAAGCCAUUAUUUAUUCUUCUCUUGCAGAAGAAUUAUUGCAAGGUAUCCCAUAAUGCUCUUGGGAGAUGUACAAUGUCGCUGUAACAUAGCUGUUGUUUAGCUGUAUGAACCCGACUAAAUAUAUUUUUUGCCUUCAC